AUGUCUGUGUCUCAGAACAUGAGGAGACCUCACAGUAUUGGUUUCUGUGCCCAGAAUAGUCACCUCAAAUUCAUGACACCAUCCAUACGUCAGAAGCUGCAGGCACUGGUGGAUGAGCCCUGUCCCUUUCAUGUGACGCCCUCCAAAGGAAUCGUUUGUGCAGGAAGGUGGCAGGAUCUGCAAAUCGAGUUUACACCUGAGGAGGAGAGGUCUUACAAGAAUGAGCUGGAGCUUAUCAUUUGUGGGAGCAGCAAUCGCUUAAAGCUGCACCUCUCAGGACAAGGUCUGGAGCCACGGUUGGAGUUCAGGCCCCCAGCACUAAAGAUGGGAGGGAUGCCGGUGGACAGCGAUGGGGUGGAGGCCACAGUGGUGGUGAAGAACCCAUCCAACUUCCCCACUGAGUCUUACUUAAUGGAUUUUCAUGAGCAUCUCCUUGAGAAGGAGAAGAUCCUGCGGUCUGAGUACCAAAAGAGAUUUUUUCUGCCUCCACGUGCUGUAGCUGCGACACUGUUCCGAGAGGUGCUGCAGAAUCAUGGAGCACAGAGGAGGCCAAAGGCUCAAGAGGCAGAGCCCAAGGCCAGGGCUGAGGCUGAGGCCAAGGCCAUGGGCAAGGCAGCAGCAGAAAUGCAGCGGGAAAAAGCUCUGCAGACGAACACAGAACGUAUCUUGCAAAUAAAUGAGGAUGAGUAUUAUGCCCUCCUUGAGAAGAAGAAAGCAGAAAUGGAUAAAAUGAUACUGGGAAGCAAGCACAUACGGAGGAAAAAUUUGCUGAAAUGGCUGAUUCAAACGCGUCAUCAGAAGGCAAAAGCCUUAGAGGAGGAGGAGAGGCAGAAGGAGGAAGAGAGGCGGAAGGAGGAAGAGAGGCGGAAGGAGGAAGAGAGGCGGAAGGAGGAAGAAAGGCGGAAGGAGGAAGAGAGGCGGAAGGAGGAAGAGAGGCGGAAGGAGGAAGAGAGGCGGAAGGAGGACAAGAAGGGUGUCUCUGUGGAGGACGCAGCUGAGAUAGAGAACUUGUUCCUGAGGAUUCAGACGUAUGAGUCAUUGCAGCAGAAUUUCUCCUACUGGAACAGGGUUCAGGCGCGGCCCGGCCCGGCCCCAGGCUCGGUGCCGCGGUUGCCCGGUAACCGCGCCCGGGCCCUCAGCGUCUGUGACGGCGCCGCGGCCUCAGCGCCCGCAGCCGCCCCGAUGCUCAUUCGCACCCGGCGCGCUCACCGGCGGCACUCGGCCACUGCCAGCGGAGUUGUUCGCACAACAGUGCUGUCUCUGACUCCGUCUGCCUUCCAGAAGGAGAUGUCUCUCAGCACCAAGCAGAGGCUGGCCAGAGCUAAGAAGCUGAGUCUGCCUCCCAUUGUCCAGCCUCAAGCCAAGCCUGGGACCUCCCAUCACAAGUUCUCAGCAGCUGCCCCAGAGCAGCGCUCGUUUCAGCCUUGCCCACCAGAGGUGGUGUUUCAGAACUACAGCCCCGGUGAGGUCUGUGAAGUGCCGCUGGUUCUGAGGAACAGGGACAAGGUUCCUCACUUGGUGAAGGUCACCUUGAAGAGCUCACCUUAUUUCCAGCUGGUGGGCCCCAAUGACGUGUGCCGCAAGGUGCCACCGGGCCUCUACACCACUGUCCGCAUCCUCUUCACCCCUGGGCAGAGAAAGGAUUAUUUCCACCAGCUCCUCUGCACCACUGAAAGUGAAGAGUUCAUUGUACCAGUUUGGGCCAUUGGUGCUCGAGCCAUCCUGGACUUCCCUGACCAGCUGGACUUCUCCACCUGUCCGGUCAAGUACACGACCCAGAAGACCCUGCUGGUUCGCAAUGUUGGAAACCGGCCUGCUCGUUACGAGCUCAGCACCCAGAGCCCUUUCUCUGUCACUCCGGCCAUGGGAACUCUGGAUGUUGGUGACGCCGUGGAGGUGGCAGUGGAAUUUCGGCCACUGAAGACUGGUGACCAUUCCAGGUCCCUUGUUGUGCACUACGACACAGGUGAAGACACCCACACAAGCCUUCAUGCCAGAGCUGUGGAUGCCCACAUCAGGCUGGACAGGAAUACUGUGACCCUGGAGAAGACGUACAUCACCAUGUCAAACAGCGCAACUGUGCUCAUCCACAACCGCAGCGACAUCACAGCCCGCUUCCAGUGGAAGGCUGUGGAUACUGAGGAACAGGAGGAACAGCUGAGGCAGAGGCAGUAUCACAGGAUAUACCAGCAGCAAAGGCACAAGUUGUAUAGUUUUCUGAAGGAGCGUGAAGUGGACAUCACUUGCCGAGAACGCCUUGCUCUUCUCAACCACACCUUCCAGAGUGAGGUAGCAAAGAUCAGAGGAGAUCCCAUGCUGUUAGACGAUGACAUUUUCUCCCUUGUGCCAAAGGAGGGUGAGAUCAUGCCGAAGUGCUCGGCUGAAAUCAGCGUGUUCUUCACGCCCCAGGCAGCCCAGGUCUAUGAGCGAACAGUUUACUGUGACAUCUCAGGCCGUGAGAACAGGCUGCCCCUGCUCCUCAUGGGGGAAGGCCUCGGGCCCCGGGUCCAUUUCCACUUUGAGGAACUGAACAUCGGGGAGGUUUUUGUCAGAGUAACCCACAGAUAUGAGGCAUACCUGAUCAACAAGGGGCCUAUUGAGGCUCCCUUCAAACUCAUCCCUCCAACCACAGCCAUGGGCUCCUGCUUCACCUUCCUGCCCCAGGAGGGCAUCGUGGCACCAGAGAAGCUCCAGGCCAUCCGGGUCUCCUUCUGUCCCACCAUCCGGGGGGAGUUUGAGGAACAAUUCUAUUUCCAUGUGGCUGAAUCCCCUAAGCCUGUGAUCUUCACUGUCAGGGGCUCUGUGAUGGGACCCACUUUCCAUUUUGAUGUGCCCGCCCUGCACUUCGGUGACAUCGCCUUUGGUGAGUGUGCCCUGGGCUGGCACCACAGUGUCAGAGCUUGCUGUGGUGCUGAAAUGGAGCCCUUGAACAUAAGAGCAUUCAUCACUCGUGUUCCUCCACCACAGCCUCUUCAGGGUGUUCAUUCAGGGCUGCUGGUGCCUCAGGUACCCUUUUGCCAUCAUGAGAUCAAACAGGACCAAAGGAAUAAAAAGUCAGCAUCACUGUUUGGCCACUUCUUGUUUCCCUUUUACGGGACCGUCCGUGCCCUGGGAUCCCAGGAUAUCAAGGUCACCCUGUGUCCCAACACUGUUGGGGACUACAAUCUGGAGCUGGUGCUGGACGUGGAAGAUGUUGGCAGGAAGGUGUUUGCACUGCCCCUCACAGCCAGGUGCAUCGUUCCUACUCUGCGAGUGCUCAACCCUGUCGUGGAACUGGGGCACUGCUGCCUGAAGGUGCUCUAUGAUGAGAAGGUGACCCUGGUGAAUGACAGUGACUUCCCUGGCUGCUACUGUCUUCUCCCUCAGGAACACAAGGAGGAGGCUGCUGCGUGGUACUUCAGCCUUGCACCCUCUGGGAUUAUCGAGGCUCACAGCUCGGUGCAGAUCCCAAUUACACUCCAGGCCCAGUUGCUGGGACAGUGCAGCAUCACUGCCAAGCUGGCCGCGUUUGGGAGACCAGAAUCCCCACUGAGGAAUACAAGAUCCCUCAUCAUGCAGGGCUUUAGUUCUUUAUUCUUGAGGUACCAGCCAUGGGCCAUCAUUGUCCCCAGUCUAGGAAUGCUCUUGGAGCUGGCUGUGUUUUUAAAACUGCCUUUGUUGCGUCUUUUGACCUUUCCUACCUUCUUCCUGGAACAGGAAAUCCGUUUAGAGUGCGUUGGCCAGGGCCCCGUUGUCUAUGUCCAUCCCAGGGAGAUAAACUUCGGCUCUAUCCCAGUCCUAGAGGAUUGUUCCAAAACUCUCCACCUCGCCAAUCAGUGUAAGAUUCCUGCAACCUUCCAGGUGGAGAUGGCUGUGGAACGUUCCUGCUGGAGGAUUGAGCCCAGUAAAGGAGUGGUCCCCCCUAGUUCUGAGGUGUCUGUGGCUAUCGUAGCUAACCUGAAUGACACAGUGAAAUUCCAGGAGAAGCUGAAGGUGUUCAUUGAGAACAACCCUGUGACCAUCAUCUCUCUCCAGGCUGUGGGCAUUGGCACCACAGUUGUCUCGGACAAACCUCUUGUUCCGAAGCUCGACUUGAAGUCCUGCUUCAGCUUCAGUCGCUGCUUUUACCACUUCCAGCUGACGAACAGAGGCCGCCGCACGCAGCGGCUCUACUGGAGCACGGAAGGGUUCCGCACCUUCCGCCGCAGCGCGCGGGCCCCGGCCCCCGCGGGCCCCCCGGGCAAAGGGGCUCCCCCCAUGCCCAGGCCUGGCAGCCCCGUGUUCAAGCUGUGCCCAGUGCAGGUGGACCUGAGGCCGGGUCAGACUGUGGACAUGGUGCUGGAAGGCUGCUCCAGCACUGUCCAGGAGGUGAAGGAGCGGCUGCUGUGCCACGCUGUGGUGGGGAAAGAGACAGCAAAGAAACAGAUCCUGCAAACAGAUGUCAUCUGCAACUUCAUCUGCCCUGCAGUGCAAAUGUCCCCCAGAGCCAUCGCUUUCCGUGUGGAAAAGAAACCCAGUGAUGUCCUGAAACUGCAGUACCAGCCGCUGACAUUAAAAAACACCAGCUCCCUGCCAUUCAGCGUGGUGCUGGACUUGGAGCAGCCCUUCCUGGUCUGCAAUGUGAACCGGAAGCCCCUCCCUGCAAAUUGCAAGGCUUUGACAGUGGAUGUAGGGAAGGAACUUCAUCUCUGCAUCCGCUUUAACCCAGCUUAUAAGAACAGUCUGAUCAGCUGGGUGGUAAAGAAGGUUCUCAGGGUGAGCUUCAUGGAGCAUCCUCAUGUGGAGAAGAUCCCUCUUCGGGGGGAAGUCUACUUCCCAAAUCUCCACCUCCCCACCAAGGCCGUGGACUUUGGCUGCAUCAUAAAUGACACUGAACAAGAGUUGAAGAUGGAGAUGACCAACUGCAGCCCACUCCCUGUCAACUACCACUGGUCAUUCCUGACAGACAGCCAGGUGAACACCAUCAGGUUCAUCCCUUCACCACCUAAAUUCAAGCCACGGUCAUCAAAGAAGAGGAGAGUGUUUCUACGGAGAUACUCCAGGGCUGUAAGUGUGGAGGAGCCGACCAAAACCCCAGAAACAACGCAGGAUUUUGUCCAGGAGGAUUCUGCCCUGAAGGAUUCUGCCCUGGAGGAUCCGGCCCAGGAGGAUUCUGCCCUGGAGGAUUCCGCCCUGGAGGAUCCUGCUCAGGAAGGUCCUGCCCAGGAGGAUGCUGCCCUGGAGGAUCCUGCUCAGGAGGAUCCUGCUCAAGAGGACUCUGACCAGGAGGAUUCUGCUCAGGAGGACUCUGACCAGGAGGAUUCUGCUCAGGAGGACUCUGACCAGGAGCCAGAAGAUGCAGAGCAUUCCCUGGAAUCAGAGGGGCUGUCAUCCACUCCUGGGGCGUCUCAGAGGCCGCUGAGGGUGAGGGGACUGAGCUGGUUCUCAGAGAUGGAGCGCCCCAAGCUGGGAAUGCAGGAGGUUUUUGACGUGCGGCCGCUGUGGGGUGAGCUGCAGCCGGGAGAGAGCGAGCAGGUCACCUUCACCUUCUUUGGGCACGCCAACGUGGUGGCGCGUGUGCGGGCGCUGUGCCACGUGCAGGGAGGCCCCAGCUACGAGGUGGUGCUGACCGGGGAGGCCUCGUGCCCCAGCUACCAGCUGGACCUGCAGGAGAUCGACUGGGGGCUGCAGAGGUUUAACAAAGUCCUCAAAGCAGAGGUGACCCUGCGCAACACCGGGGUCAUGGAAUUCACCUUCGAGGUGCCAAACUGCAGCACUGGCACUGCAGCAAAGCCUCUGCCUGGAGUGCCCGUGGUCGUGCCCACCACACCUGUCUGUCCCCUGAGCCAUCCCACAGCAAAGCCCUGA